GAGUGCCUGUGUUUCGAUUUGGAUGAUUACCACGCAUCGGUAUCGCGCACUUCCAUUUAUGCCUUAUUUAGCUAUUUCACAUGGAAGCGUGGUUAUUAUUUGUUUAUGAAACCAUUCAACGAAGACUGUUGUAUCGGUCUGAGGAGAUAAUUCAAUCUCGUGGCAUAUUAGUACAGCAUACAGUCUAUGUAGAUACUUGAAGUACUCGUAUACGACAUUAUGAUCCAGACUGUUGGACCAACAGAGCAUUUGUCUUUCUACAAAAUCGUGGUAAUUGGAGAUUCCAACGUCGGGAAGAAUGCUCUCCUUGCUCGAUUUGUUGAUGAGGAAUAUGAUUACCGGCAAUUCCAAGUUACGAUAGGAAUAGAACUGAAAUGGGCAGUCGUUGACCAUGGAGGCGAAAAGAUCAAACUGGAAUUCUGGGGUCCUGCAGGAACACAUCGUGAUCCCAAUACCGUGGCACAAUGUUGUCCUGGUGCUGACGGAGUAGUACUUGUGUACGACAUUACAGACCGCCAGUCUUUUGAGAAUAUCGGUGUCUGGCUAAAGGACAUCCAGAAAGACCUUCCCGAAAACGCCGAGCGGAUGUUAGUGACCAUGUUACUGGGAAAUAAGUGUGAUAUGGAGGAGAAACGCAUUAUCAGCCAAAAAGAUGGGGAAGGACGGGCCCGUCAGUUGGGGUGCCGGUUUAAGGAAGUCAGCGCGAAACACCACAUCAAUGUAAAGGCGGCGCUGGACGAGUUGGUUGCUGCUAUAUUAGAGCGUCGGAAGGGACGUACCGGCUCUUCCACAUGUCAGAGAUGCAGUGUCUCAUAGCGAUUCAUGUGCAAAGAAUCCUAAUGGCUUCCCGACCAAAGAUUUCAAAAGGUCCGGUUCGAAACCCAUUCAGCAAUUCCGCAACGAAGAUAUCUAUUAGCAGGAAAAGUGCAUUUCCUGCUGCAGUGGCAGCAAACGGCGCGCAAUAAAAUCAUUGAACGUUUCCUGACGGUUGUUUUUCAGUCUUAUUAGGUUACUUUUUUGUCUUUCAUUUGGUCAUAAAAUAAUUAUUUGAAGGUUAUUGCAGCAGUGCACAGUAACGACUAACGACCCUGUUCGAAUUAUAAAUAAACGGAAAGACUUUUUGAG